AUGUUUGGUGUGUUUAUUGCGAUUUUUUUGAGUUUCGGCUUAGUUCGUGGUAUUCCAACUAAUUAUGUAGUACCUCUGCUUUUACCUUCUGCAAAUAUUAAUGAGAAUAUUAUAACAAGUGCAAAACCGAGUAAUAACAUUCAAGAAAUUGAAACCUUAAACAAAAAGAACGCUGAAGAUUUACAAAUGUCAAAUAACCACAACAUCAUAAAGUUAUCUGAUUCAGAGGCCGCUGAUAUAAUAUUCCAAACUCCAGUACAAACUUCUUGCAAUCAAGAUGGUGUCAAAGGAGUGCUGGCAAUUGAUUAUGAUUCACUUUAUCAAGACAAGUUACCAAUGUGGCCUGAUCAAUAUCCCAAAUUGGCUCAAGAAAGUAAUCCAGUAUACAAAGAACAAGAACCUGUGAAAAUAUCCAUGGACAUUAAUAUGAAUAAUUAUGAUGAUGAUGACAAUGAACUGCCAAACCCUAUACUACCUCUAGAUUUUCUUCCAAAUAACUAUCCAACAUAUGUUCAGAGGACUAUUCCAUUUUUAAAAGCUGGCGAGAACCAUGACAUCAAUAUUUUAAGAAAUCAAAAUAAUGAAAUUCAGUUACCAAAUAUGAGACCAAAUCGUUCAGAAGAUGAUGAGUAUGCUAGAAUUAUUGAGCAGUUAGAACACGACGCGAUGUUAAAUAAUAUCAUACCAACGAUGUCUUUUGUGCGUGGUGCUUUGGACUAUGAUAAUGCACCAGCAUUAGAGGCGGCUAUUUUUCCCACUAGAACAUCAACCGGCUGUAAAUUGCCUAUUCUUCUAGGCUGUGGGCCAAACUUAAGCGGUGGUGUAUUGAUUAAUUCGAAUCCAUAA